AUGGCGAGCUCGACCCCCAUCGGCGAAUCCUCGCAGGCAGGCUCUUCCUCUUCCGCUCCUGACUCCUCUAGAGCUUCAAGAGAUGGUCCUCCACCGGCAAUCAUCUGCGUUGGCAUGGCCGGUAUUAUCUCCUCCACCCCCGAUCGCAGUGCGUGAAACGCGAGACUAACAAACCUUCUCAGGCUCCGGAAAAACUACCUUCAUGCAGCGCUUGAACGCCCACCUCCACGCCCAGAAACAGCCACCAUACAUAAUCAACCUGGACCCCGCCGUAAAGACCGUCCCCUUCGCCCGGAACAUCGACAUCCGCGACAGCGUAAACUACAAAGAAGUGAUGAAGCAGUACAACCUCGGCCCCAACGGCGGAAUCAUGACUUGUCUGAACCUCUUCGCGACCAAGGUGGACCAAGUAAUUGGCAUUCUCGAGAAGCGCGCAUCCUCCAUAAAUUCCAUCCUCGUGGACACGCCGGGACAGAUUGAGUGCUUUGUCUGGAGCGCUAGCGGAGCGAUUAUUACCGAUGCGAUCGCUUCGGGCUUCCCCACUGUUAUUGCCUACAUAAUCGAUACACCCCGGACAAAAGCUCCCGCAACCUUCAUGAGCAAUAUGCUCUACGCUUGUAGCAUUCUCUACAAGACAAAAUUGCCGAUGAUCCUGGUAUUCAACAAGACGGAUGCGCAGGAUGCGGGGUUUGCCGAGGAGUGGAUGACGGAUUUCCAGGCUUUUCAAAAAGCGCUCCAGGAAGAGGAGGGGAAUGACGACGGCAUUGGAGGGAGCGGGUAUAUGGCUAGCUUGUUAAACUCUAUGAGUCUUAUGCUUGACGAGUUUUAUAAGCAUUUGGAUUUGGUGGCGGUUAGCGCUAUGACGGGAGCUGGGAUAGGUGACUUUAUGAAGGCCGUUGAGGGAAAGUGUUUGGAGUACGAGAAGGAUUACAAGCCGGAGAUGGAGAAGUCUAGGAAACGCAGGGAGGAACAGAAGCUUGAGGAGAAGGAGAAGGAGCUGGGAAGGUUGAUGAGGGGUGUUGAUGUUAGUGGCAGUGGAAAGAAGGAAGAGCCAGCGGUCAUGAGCGAUAUCGAGUCAAGUGAUGAGGAAGCGGGACAGGGCAUACUAGAAAGGGAUGAAGACGAGGAAAUGCUGGAUGAGGAGGGGUUACAAGAAAAGUACAAGCGGAUAGGGAAACAAAUCGAACCGGGGACUGACCCGCUCCUCGAUGCGAGUUUGAAGCGCUACCUCCGUGCUAGCAGUUAGAUGUUCAUAAUCAUAAUUGUUCCAUGUAGCCUAAUAAAAGUCCCUGUAUCAUA